CUUCUUUCGUGAUUUCAAGACAAUCCACUUCUUCCACCUUCUCCUCCCGCACUUUACGCGCAUACGCCAAGCCUUACUCGUGAGCCUCUUACCGCACUCGACGACCGUCUUCGCGCCUACACACCCCGCUACAAUCAUGGCUCCUGGAAAGUGGGAUGAUGAGGAGUCCGGCUCCGACUCUGGCUCUCCUGCCCCUAUCAUCGCCCGCCGUGGCAAGUUUGACGAUGAGGAAGAAGAUGAUGUCCUAGAUGCAUGGGACGACGCCGAAGAUUCCGAAGUCGAGCGCGAGAAGGCGAAGAAGGCCGCCGAGGCAAAGGCAAAGGCUGAGGCCGAAGCAAAGGCGAACCACAAGAGCAAGGCACAGCGCAUCGAGGAGCACAGGCAAGCGGCUCUGCGCCGGCGACAGAUGGAGGAGGACUACGAGUCGGAGGAGGAGACCGAGGAGGAGCGCCGCCAGAGGCUGCGACAAGCCGAGCAGGAUGGCUCACGCGCCCAAGCCGAGGAGCUCUUUGGCGAACUCAGCGUUGGCAAGUCCAAGACCGCAAAGGCUGUCACCAUCUCCGACGACAACGACCCUACCAAGUCCGUCGACCUUAGCGCUCUCUCCAUCUUCAACCCCAACACGAAGGACCAGUUCACCAAGCUGCGCGAGACCCUCACACCGCUCCUUGCCAAUAACUCCAAGAAGGGGCAAUACUCGCUGUUCUUGCAGGAAUUCUGCAAGGGCAUCGCGAGGGAUUUGCCUAGUGACCAGAUCAAGAAAAUCGCCUCUGGUCUGACCACAUUGAGCAACGAGAAGAUGAAGGAAGAGAAGGCUGCUGAGAAGGGAGGAAAGAAGACCAAGGCGGCGAAGACCAAGACAAGCUUGAACGCUGCAAGGGACGUUGGCCGUAGUGCUGAUACAUCGACAUACGACAACGAUGAUUUUGGCGAUGAUGACUUCAUGUGAGGGGAUUACUUCUCCCAAGCUAAGACACGAUCCUCUGCUACUCCUCUUCCCGCUUCAACACCACAGCCGGGCAGUCACCGAGUCCGCUUUCACGCUUCGCACCUGGCUGUAGCGGUCUGGCAGCCACUUCACGAUUCCCAUUUCUGCUUCGUUGGCUUUUCUAGGGCGGAGAUGGCAUAGUUUGCAUGCAUAGCGUAAGAUGGAUAUGGAGUGAUGGCCAAAAUUUGAUAGACGUUGCUGAUGAAUACAUAUAUUUCACGAU